AUUGAAAGUAAAAUCCUUCUUUUCCACGAGCAGCGGCGUCCGUUAGCUGUAAUAUGUCGAUAAUUUAGCAUCGUUUGGUUUAUAAUUUCGCAUAUUUGAAGAUGUACGCACCGAACUGUGUUUUGAUGUCAGUAUUGCUGAUGGUCGCUAUGGGUUCUUAGUGAAAGGUCCCUCUGGUCCUCUGGUUGCUCCUCUGGGAUCUUCAGUGGUUUUGCCCUGUUAUGUUGAUAAACUUCUACUAAUGAAGGGUCUGGAGGUGGAAUGGAGAAGAACAGACUCAAAGACUCCGGUUCAUCUGUAUGAAGAUGGUGAGAGUCGACCAGAGUCCCAGCAUCAGGAUUAUCAUGAUAGAGCUCAUUUCUUUACUGAUCAGAUUCAGCAUGGAAACUUCUCCCUCCGUCUGGACAAUCUGAGAGCUGAAGAUGAGGGACGAUACACAUGUAAAGUUUACAGUCAGCAGGAUUUUGGUGAGGGAGUGGUUGAAAUAAGAGAUGUUGAGCAUUUGCUAGUAACAGGCUCGGAUGAGUCUAUAUCUGUGUCUGUGGGUGAGGACACCACUCUGAACUGCUCUGUAGACUCUCACAUCACACCUGAACACAUUGAAGAGGUUUCAUGGAAGAAAACAGAUGAAGAUGAAGAUGUUCUGGUUCUGCUCUACCAAAACAAUGAGACUCUAUCAGAUUCAUCAGAUGAGCGAUACAGAGACAGAGUUGAGUUCUUCACUGCUGAAAUCCCCAAAGGAAACUUCUCUCUCAGACUAAAGAGUGCCAGAACUGAGGAUAAAGGGGUUUACAUGUGUCAAGUGUUUGCUGGAGGACUUUCAGCCAAUGCAACUGUAGUACUGGAGAAACUGGGUGAGCCAUAAAUAAAAAUACAUUAUCAUUUGACCUAGACAAGCUUAAUUCAAUUGUAGUUACAUACAGUUUUAGAUAAAGAUAAUUAAUUUUCAGGGUUUUAUAUUAAAGUGUGUUUGUGUAGUUAUAUAUUUUUGCAGGUCUGUGUUUUUUGUAGAGAAAAUAUAGAAUUGUUCAAAUAACAAGACGGAACAAGUAAAAAUGGCAAAUAUCUAGGAUUAACAUUAGACAAUAAUUAAAUAGUACUGAUUAUACUAUAUACAAAGACAUCACUGUAGAACAACAGUUUAUCCACUGUAAAGAAAUACAGUAGAAGAUGGCAGAAGUACAACACCACUAUUGGACAGUGAUCUCC